AUGGCCAUGCGCGGGCCAAGUGUGGUUGCGCAGAGGGCGUGGAGCAGUUUGGGCAAUGGAGCACUCUUCACCCACAGAAUACACCAGUCGCCAGCCCAGCAACUUCUCUCGCGGCUGUCACAACUGAACACCGCACGGCCUUCCUCGCCUAGAAUAUUAGGCCUCUGCCAAGCACGAUGCAUCUCGAGCGCUACCCAGCAACGACCAACAACUGCUCUGGUCAAGCAGUCGGCUUCCUCAAUACUCGCGCAGAAACGUGUGCUGCAAACAUCUCAAUCUCAGCAGGAGAGCCUCAACGUGGUGCAGCAUGGCGAUAAAGCUACGGCAUACAAGAAUGAGGUCAAGAGCGGCGAUCCCGCAGACGCUGAAGAGGAAGAGCUGGAUUUCAAGAAGACUGAAAAGGCCAGCCAGGCUUCCCAGGUGAACUUGAGCGCGAAGUUGUCGAGCACGGGAAAGGACGGGCAGAAAAAGACCAAAGGAGGCUGGCGUGAGGUGACGAGACUGCUGAGGAUUGCCCGACCAGAAGUCAAGACUCUGGCUCUGGCCUUCGUCUUUCUUCUCAUUAGCAGCAGUGUCACAAUGUCCGUUCCCUUUAGCAUCGGACGAAUUCUGGAUAUGGCCACGAAAGAGGAAGGAACACUUUUUGGGCUCACUUUGUCGCAAUUCUGCAUCGCGUUGGGAACUUUGCUGUCUUUGGGCGCCUUGGCCAAUUACGGGCGUAUCAUUCUUCUUCGAAUUGUUGGCGAGCGUAUCGUCACAAAGCUGCGAAGCACAUUGUUCAAACGGACGUACAUCCAGAACGCCGAAUUUUUCGAUGCCAACCGGACUGGAGACUUGAUCAGCAGGCUGGGAAGUGAUACAAUCAUCGUUGGCAAGUCGAUCACUCAAAACUUAUCGGAUGGUCUGCGAUCAAUGGUCUCUGCAGGUGCUGCGAUGGGCAUGAUGAGCUAUGUCAGCUUCAAGCUGAUUGGUGUCCUUGCUUUUGCCUUUCCGCCUAUUGCUGUAGGUGCCUUUCUCUACGGACGAGCAGUCAGAGAUCUAUCGCGUCGAAUCCAGAAGAAUUUGGGAACGUUGACGAAGAUUGCUGAAGAGCGACUGGGCAAUGUACGCACCAGUCAAGCCUUUGCUGGCGAAUUACAAGAAGUACACCGGUACAACAACCAAGUGCGCAAGAUUUUUGGACUGGGCAAGCGAGAGGCCUUCAUCUCAGCGACUUUCUUCUCCUUUUCUGGAUUCAUGGGCAAUGCUACCUUCAUCACCCUACUUUACGUCGGCAGCGGCAUGGUUAGAUCGGGCGCCAUGACCAUUGGUGACUUGACAACAUUUCUCAUGUACACGGGCUAUGCAGGUAGCAGCAUCUUCGGUCUGUCAAGCUUCUACUCAGAGCUCAUGAAGGGUGUGGGUGCAGCUACGAGACUAUUUGAGCUUCAGGACCGUGAUCCAACCAUCAGUCCGACAAAGGGAGACAUGGUCAAGAGUGCUCGCGGCAUGAUCGAGUUUAAGGACGUUGCAUUUUCAUACCCUACGCGACCGGCUGUGACAAUCUUCGAUGGUCUGAACUUCAGAAUCCCGCAAGGCAGUAAUGUUGCCAUUGUUGCACCCUCUGGAGCCGGCAAGUCCACAGUUGCAAGCUUACUCAUGCGAUUUUACACUCCGACGAGAGGCGAAAUCACGAUCGGCGGCAAGAACAUCAACGAGAUGAACGCAAAGCAGCUACGCAGAAGAAUCGGCUAUGUCGGCCAAGAGCCAGUCCUGUUUUCAGGCACCAUCGCUGAGAACAUUGCGUAUGGUAAGCCACUGGCUUCCAGGAGUGAGAUUGUCGGUGCCGCUCGUCGUGCGAACUGUCAGUUUAUUAGUGAUUUUCCUGAUGGUCUCGAGACGUUCGUUGGCGCCCGUGGUGCUCAGCUGUCGGGUGGCCAAAAGCAGCGCAUUGCAAUUGCACGCGCGCUGCUGAAGAAUCCCGAUAUCCUCAUCCUGGACGAAGCGACAUCGGCGCUCGAUGCUGAGUCCGAGACACUUGUCAACCAGGCACUACAAGCUCUCCUUCGUGGUGAUAAUACUACCAUAUCGAUUGCUCAUCGUUUGUCCACGAUUCAGCGGAGUGACACCAUCAUCGUGAUCGGCACUGAUGGCAAAGUGGCUCAGAUGGGCCCAUACCGUGAUCUGGCAGCGGACAAAGAAGGCGCAUUCGCAAAGUUGAUGGAGUGGCAGAUGAGCGGCGGUCAUGCGGCACAACAGCCGCCGAGGAAGCAAGAGGAGGAGGAAAAGGAGCUCACUGAAGAGGAGCGCAUGAGAGCACGAAUGAAGGAACAUGCGCGAGAACGAGGCGAACAGGACGGUGAAGAUGGAGAGCAUGAUGGACAUGAUGACUUGGUUGAUGAGCCCGAGUGGGAGGGUGUCAAGGUGAAGAAAGAUGAGCAGUCUGCCUCAGAGGACCCGGUGAUGAGAGCCGGACUGCGAGAUGGAGGAUACUCCAGAAAAGGAUACUAGACUCACCUCACUUGUAUUGCAUAACACUUCUGUAGCAUGAAACGGCCAUGCUACCAGAUAAUUUUUGGGUUGUCGCUGCGAUCGAUGAGAUCGUGGAAGCGACACAUACUUAAUAAUUGUACAGCAUCGGCAGACUCACAUAGAGAAGCAAUGUAUAGUUCUCAGCUCAGU